AUGGAUCUGUAUGACCCUCAGACGCUGGGCAUCAUGGUAUUUGGAGGCUUCAUGGUCAUCUCAGCCCUCGGUAUCGUUCUGGUCUCCACCUUCUCCAUGAAGGUAGGCUAACUGUUGUUGGUAAUGAUAAUGUAUGCCAUUUUAGCAGACGCUUUUAUCCAAAGCGACUAAUUCACGCGUGCAUUACAUUUUUCGAAUGGGUGGCCCCAGCGGGAAUCGAACCCACAACGCUGGCAUUGCAAGUACCGUUCUCUACCAACUGAGCCACACUGUUGUUGUUGUUGUUGGGGUGAUAAUGUCUUAUGUGAACGGUUAUAUGUUGUCUCCUUCUCCAUGAAGGAGACCUCGUAUGAGGAGGCCCUGGCCAAGCAGCGCAGAGAGUUGGGUAAGAUGGCGCCUCCAGGACAGCUGACCAAGAAGGACAAGAAGAAGGAGAAGGUAAGAUGAGAUCUUACCUCUACCUAAAUGUUGACGAGGAGUAUGACAUGUCUCCUCUCGAACACCCAGGAAGCUCCGACUCGAACUCCCACUAGACCGUUCUGUAGGUGUUAGAAUGUCAAAAUAAGUUUGUUACACCCACCAAAUAUUGAGUUUCGAUGAGAAACUAUCUUCAUUUACUCCCGUUACGGCUGGUGUGUCCAAAAAAAGGUGUAAAUAUACGUUUAGAAGCAGCUCCAAUGUAAACCACUCAUUAUUGCUGCGCACAGGUCUCAAGUCUAUAACCGCUCAAGAGAUUGUCAAUAGCGUCUCGCCGGGGCUGCCGGGCUGCGUGCUACACCACUGCUUAUAACUAGAAGUUAACGAUCGAAGAUGUGUCAAAUAAAUGAUAUCCAGCUCAGGACUCCAGCUAUGCAUUUGUUUGCUAACUCGCUAGCUGGAUUUCAAGAUUGAGCUUCUUGGUUACAGAAGAGACAUUCAGUCACUUCCUGCAUCAAGAUGUAUGUUGCCUAAAAUUAUUUUUUGUGCACUUCCUGUAAAACUGUAUUCCCUGGUAUGGUACAGAAACGGUAUGACCGUAUGAAAAUCUGAUUACCGAUAAUGGGGCAUGUGUUUUAAUGCACAUAAUGUAGCACAUUGUGAUUGUUGUAUAAUAAAAAGUAAUACUAAAUUAAAUGUAUUCUUAUUAUCAUUAAGGCGUCUGAGAAGAAGAACCGGGGUAAGAAGAAGGAAGACCAGCCCAAUGAGAAGCUGCCAGAAUCAGAACGAGAGGAUGUCCCAGUGGCCGAGCCUGAACUAACCCCAGAACCAUUUACUGCUUCUGCUCCCGAACCAAUCCCUGCCCCUGCCCCUGCUCCCACCGCUGUAGAGGCGUCACCUGCCCCUGCUCCAAAGAAGAAGAAGGAGAAGAAGAUGGCUAAGGUAGAGCCAGCCCUGGCUGCUCCUGCCCCAGCCCCCAUGGCCCCCUCCAAGCCUGCUCCUGCCCCCAUUGCCCCCUCCAAGACUGCCCCCAUGGCCCCCUCCAAGCCUGCCCCUGCCCCCAUGGCCCCCUCCAAGCCUGCCCCCAUGGCCCCCUCCAAGCCUGCCCCCAUGGCCCCCUCCAAGACUGCCCCCAUGGCCCCCUCCAAGACUGCCCCCAUGGCCCCCUCCAAGCCUGCCCCAGCCCCCAUGGCCCCCUCCAAGCCUGCCCCAGCCCCCAUGGCCCCCUCCAAGCCUGCCCCAGCCCCCAUGGCCCCCUCCAAGACUGCCCCCAUGGCCCCCUCCAAGACUGCCCCAGCCCCCAUGGCCCCCUCCAAGCCUGCUCCUGCCCCAGCCCCCAUGGCCCCCUCCAAGCCUGCCCCAGUCCUGGUGGCUGUCAACAAGGAGGUCCCUGUGAUGGCAGUGCCCCCGGUGGGCUCCCAGCAGACUGCAGCCAAGGCACAGGAUCCUUCCAAGAAGAAGGCAUCCUCCAAGAAGAAGGCUGAGUCUGGUAAGGAAUUUUGUCUAUUUUCAAUUAAUUUCAAUCAUUUUACAUCCUAGUUAUUAUGUCCCAUAACUAGAGCAGCAUAACUGUUGAUAAUACAGCAUAUGUAGGUUCCAUUUCUAACUACUAGGCUAUUGGUAUAAUUUUUGGAAUGGAUUGAAAAUUGAAUAUGAUUUAUUUACUCUAAAUAAGUUGUUUAGUGUUUAUCUAGGAUUAUAAACUCGGUGGUUCGAGCCCUGAAUGCUGAUUGGCUGAAAGCCGUGGUAUAUCAGACCGUAUGACAAAACAUUUAUUUUUACUGCUCUAAUUACGUUGGUAACCAGUUUAUAAUAGCAAUACGGCAUCUUGGGGGGUUUAUGAUAUAUGGCCAAUAUACCACGGCUAAGGGCUGUAUCCAGGCACUCCGCAUUGCGUCGUGCCUAAGAACAGCCCUUUAGCUGUGGUAUAUUGGUCAUAUAUCACACCCCCUCAUGCCUUAUUGCUUAAUUGUAAAAUAUAGUCUGUAUCCUAAUCCUAUCUGCAGAGAGCCGUAUGCUCUACACUGCAGAACAUAGCUUAGCUGUUUUCUCAUUACGGUGAAGUAGUCUGCUAGUAUUAUGAACAGUCUAUAAAUGUUUAAGGUUACAUGUUCAAAUAGUAAAUACUUUUAAAAAAAAAUAAUAAUUAUUGACCGCUUUUUAUAUUUAGUCUGGAAAUGAGAAUCUUGCAAAUGUAUAGUAUGUUCAAUGUCUGUCUGUAGUUGUACAUUUCAAGAUGCCAUUCUUCCUUCUAUGGGUCAUGUUGUGUGACACAGGGAUUGAGGAAACUGCUAGUCAGGAUGUUACAAAAUAUCUCUCUGUUUGAAUGGAUGGCAGGAACUACUUUAGCCAUAACACAAGCAAUACUGUAGUACUUCUAUGAUGCAUUUCCUUCUAGACUUACCCCCACACCAAGGUGCCACCAGUGUUUUAUGUUAAUGUCAGCUCUAGUGUAAUUGUCUUUCCACCAGGCGUGUGACACACUAAUGACUUGUGGCUAGCAGAAUCAACAACCUCUGCAUCAUUCAAGAUGGUUGCUUUGUGAGAAGUUACAAUUCAGUUGGCCAUUUGUUAUGUAAAAGCUGAGGGCUAUAGAACAAAGCAGGAUCAAUGCGUUAGCCAGAUAACGUCUCUAAAUAUUCUGAAAUAACGUUUUAUUUUGUCAAAAUUUGCACUUGAAAUGUGCAUAGUCUAAUUGACUCAACAACCAAAAAAACACAUAUCUAAGUUUAGAUUUCUUAAUGAACCAGAAAAUCAGCAGUUAUUUCUGGUUGUUUAUCAAAGUUAGCUGGCUAACUCAUUGAUCCUGCUUUGUAGUAUUCCCCUCUGGUCCGCUGGAGCCAUGGCCCAGUGAGACACGGAAACAGAGAAGUCUGAGCCUUUUGGGUAAAGCACUGGGGUAAAUCGUCAGUGGAAAUGUGCCACUACUGCAACGAUGACAAACUGUCUGAGGCGUGUGUGUGUGUGUGUGUGUGUGUGCCCUUGUGCACAGCACUGGCGAUGUUGUUAGCUGACAUAGCCUCCCAGUAACUCAGACAGUAGGCUGUUUCUCUGGUUUCCAGAGGGCCGUCUCUGACCCGACGCCCACUCAGUCUGGGGUACAGCUGCCCAGUUCCCCCACCCCAUGCCCUGCCCCGGGGGCAUGGGAAUUUACCCACAGCCUUAUGAUGGCAGACAUAUUAAGCUUAUUAGACAUUAGUAUUACACAUGUUUUGCCCUAAUUUAUGCCUUUUACCCCUCAAACAUCCCACAGAGACAACUUUUUUAUUUCUGCAAAAUAUCAGUCAAACCUAAUAAAAUACCCAGGGCUGCCCACUAGGGAAGGUCAUGGAAUUAUGGAUGACUGUUAUUGGUCAGACAAAUGACCGCGGUCACCCUUAUAAUCGUUCCUGACUACAUGUGCUGCUGUUGCAGGGUAUUUUUGACCUAGGCUGGGGGGGGGGGGGGGGGGGGGGGGGGGGGGGGUUAGGGUUAGGCUUACCAAAGCCUUGUUUCAGCAAGGAGCAACAAAGUCAAAGUUUCAUCACGUUGUAAAAGUCCAUGUUACCCCGGGACACGGACUCAACCGCAUGAAUGCACGGCCGACCCGUCUUUCAGUCAGCUGUUCGUUAUUUUAUUUGUUAUAAACAGUUAUGACAGUUAAUUUAUUUUAAUGACGGUCUUCAUCCAUAAUUGUCGGUUACACGAUUAUACAGUAAUUGUGCCAGCCCUAGUGCCUGACCCAGAUCUAGCCUGCAGGCAGUGCAGGAAGUUCCCUCCCCCUGUUACUAACCCAGCUCUAGCCUGCAGGCAGUGCAGGAAGUUCCCUCCCCCUGUUACUAACCCAGCUCUAGCCUGCAGGCAGUGCAGGAAGUUCCCUCCCCCUGUUACUAACCCAGCUCUAGCCUGCAGGCAGAGCAGGAAGUUCCCUCCCCCUGUUACUAACCCAGCUCUAGCCUGCAGGCAGUGCAGGAAGUUCCCUCCCCCUGUUACUAACCCAGCUCUGGCCUGCAGGCAGUGCAGGAAGUUCCCUCCCCCUGUUAACCCAGCUCUAACCUGCAGGCAGUGCAGGAAGUUCCCUCCCCCUGUUACUAACCCAGCUCUAGCCUGCAGGCAGUGCAGGAAGUUCCCUCCCCCUGUUAACCCAGCUCUAACCUGCAGGCAGUGCAGGAAGUUCCCUCCCCCUGUUACUAACCCAGCUCUAGCCUGCAGGCAGUGCAGGAAGUUCCCUCCCCCUGUUACUAACCCAGCUCUAGCCUGCAGGCAGUGCAGGAAGUUCCCUCCCCCUGUUACUAACCCAGCUCUAGCCUGCAGGCAGUGCAGGAAGUUCCCUCCCCCUGUUACUAACCCAGCUCUAACCUGCAGGCAGUGCAGGAAGUUCCCUCCCCCUGUUUACUAACCCAGCUCUAGCCUGCAGGCAGUGCAGGAAGUUCCCUCCCCCUGUUACUAACCCAGCUCUAGCCUGCAGGCAGUGCAGGAAGUUCCCUCCCCCUGUUACUGACCCAGCUCUGGCCUGCAGGCAGUGCAGGAAGUUCCCUCCCCCUGUUACUAACCCAGCUCUGGCCUGCAGGCAGUGCAGGAAGUUCCCUCCCCCUGUUACUAACCCAGCUCUGGCCUGCAGGCAGUGCAGGAAGUUCCCUCCCCCUGUUACUAACCCAGCUCUAGCCUGCAGGCAGUGCAGGAAGUUCCCUCCCCCUGUUACUAACCCAGCUCUAGCCUGCAGGCAGUGCAGGAAGUUCCCUCCCCCUGUUACUAACCCAGCUCUGGCCUGCAGGCAGUGCAGGAAGUUCCCUCCCCCUGUUACUAACCCAGCUCUGGCCUGCAGGCAGUGCAGGAAGUUCCCUCCCCCUGUUACUAACCCAGCUCUAGCCUGCAGGCAGUGCAGGAAGUUCCCUCCCCCUGUUACUAACCCAGCUCUAGCCUGCAGGCAGUGCAGGAAGUUCCCUCCCCCUGUUACUAACCCAGCUCUGGCCUGCAGGCAGUGCAGGAAGUUCCCUCCCCCUGUUACUAACCCAGCUCUGGCCUGCAGGCAGUGCAGGAAGUUCCCUCCCCCUGUUACUAACCCAGCUCUGGCCUGCAGGCAGUGCAGGAAGUUCCCUCCCCCUGUUACUAACCCAGCUCUAGCCUGCAGGCAGUGCAGGAAGUUCCCUCCCCCUGUUACUAACCCAGCUCUAGCCUGCAGGCAGUGCAGGAAGUUCCCUCCCCCUGUUACUAACCCAGCUCUAGCCUGCAGGCAGUGCAGGAAGUUCCCUCCCCCUGUUACUAACCCAGCUCUAGCCUGCAGGCAGUGCAGGAAGUUCCCUCCCCCUGUUACUAACCCAGCUCUAGCCUGCAGGCAGUGCAGGAAGUUCCCUCCCCCUGUUACUAACCCAGCUCUAGCCUGCAGGCAGUGCAGGAAGUUCCCUCCCCCUGUUACUAACCCAGCUCUAGCCUGCAGGCAGUGCAGGAAGUUCCCUCCCCCUGUUACUAACCCAGCUCUAACCUGCAGGCAGUGCAGGAAGUUCCCUCCCCCUGUUACUAACCCAGCUCUAGCCUGCAGGCAGUGCAGGAAGUUCCCUCCCCCUGUUACUAACCCAGCUCUAGCCUGCAGGCAGUGCAGGAAGUUCCCUCCCCCUGUUACUAACCCAGCUCUAGCCUGCAGGCAGUGCAGGAAGUUCCCUCCCCCUGUUACUAACCCAGCUCUGGCCUGCAGGCAGUGCAGGAAGUUCCCUCCCCCUGUUACUAACCCAGCUCUAGCCUGCAGGCAGUGUGAGAACCCACACUCUUACGAUGGCAGACCUAUCAGACAGUAGGAAUAUUCCACGUGACCUUUUACCCCUCAAUUUACCACAGACACCUAAGUUCUGCCAACAUUGGUGAGAGCUUUUUUUCAGUAAGGAAAUGGGGAAGGAUGUCAGGUCUGUCUUCAUUGUUUUAGGACUUAGGCUUAAUGUGUGUUUUCAUUGGUGGUAAGAGAAUGUGAUGAUGUGUCUUCUCCUUGGCUGUAGCAGCAUCUGACCUGUAAGAACAUGUGUAUCCCCAUUUCUCUCUUUCGCUCUCUCUCCCCCUCUUUUUCUCACUCUCUUUCGCUCUCUCUCUCUCUCUCUCCCCCUCUUUUUCUCUCUCUCUCUCUCUCUCUCUCUCUCUCUCUCUCUCUCUCUCUCCUCUCUCUCCUCCUCUCUCUCUCUCUCUCUCUCUCUCUCUCUCUCUCUCUCUCUCUCUCUCUCCUCUCUCUCUCUCUCUCUCUCUCUCUCUCUCUCUCUCUCUCUGUAGUGGUGGAGUCUGGUGUGGAUUCCCCCCUGUACCUGCCCUAUAAAGCCCUGGUCUCUACUGUAAGCAGUAUGGUCUUCAGGCAGGGAGAGGCCCAGCGCCUUCUAGACAUCCUCUCUGACAAGGCUGGCAUCAGACAAGACACCUGGCACAUGGUAGGACCGUGGGUGUGGGGGGGAUUAUAUGACCCGGGAUGGGAGAUACCACUGUGCGGUUGAAGGGGGGUUGACACAUGUCAGGCUUGGAGUGGCGGGGUAGGGAAUCUGGCAGGACACCUGGCACAUGGUACAAUCCGGUCGGGGACUGGGAGACGUCUUUCAAAGGGGUUGGAGCUGGGGUGGUAUGGGACGGGACACAAACACAUUGUCGGCGGCAGGUAGCCUAACGGUUAAGAGCGUUGGGCCAGUAACCGAAAGUUUGCUGGUUGCGAAUCUCUGAGCCGACUAGGUGAAAAAUCUGUCUGUGCCUUUGAGCAAGGCACUUAACCCUAAUUUGCAUCUGCUAAAUGACUAAAAUACUGUAUAAAUGCAUGAGCAGGGGGGGCCAUUGGUCAGACAGACUCUCACACUGCAGAUGCUGAUGUUUAUGGUGACACUGUGUGUGUGUGUGCUACUCAGGCUACUCAGAAGGGCGACCCGGUGGCUAUGAUGAAGAGACAGUUGGAGGAGAAUCAGAAACAGCUGGCCAAUCAGCAGGAGGAUGCUACUGCAGCCAAAAACAGACUCAGAGAAAUCAGCAGGGUAACACACCACACACACACCACACACACACACACACACCACACACACACACACACACACACCACACACACACUGAGCAAGGGGACGCCACAACCGCCAAGAACAUACUCUGAGAACUCAGCAGGGGAACACACAGACACAAAGGUAAAACACACACUUACACACAUUGAGAAUAUCUCUGAAAGACUGCUUAUUUAGCAACAUACAAUAGAACUCCCCAUGGAUGAGUUGGACCACUGUUUCUCUCUAUAGGAGCUGUCUGACAGUGUGGUGUCUCUCUCUAUAGGAGCUGUCUGACAGUGUGGUGUCUCUCUCUCUAUAGGAGCUGUCUGACAGUGUGGUCUCUCUCUCUAUAGAAGCUGUCUGACAGUGUGGUGUCUCUCUCUCUAUAGGAGCUGUCUGACAGUGUGGUGUCUCUCUAUAGGAGAUGUCUGACAGUGUGGUGUCUCUCUCUAUAGGAGCUGUCUGACAGUGUGGUGUCUCUCUCUAUAGGAGCUGUCUGACAGUGUGGUCUCUCUCUAUAGGAGCUGUCUGACAGUGUGGUGUCUCUCUCUCUCUAUAGGAGCUGUCUGACAGUGUGGUGUCUCUCUCUCUAUAGGAGCUGUCUGACAGUGUGGUGUCUCUCUCUCUAUAGGAGCUGUCUGACAGUGUGGUGUCUCUCUCUAUAGGAGCUGUCUGACAGUGUGGUGUCUCUCUCUCUAUAGGAGCUGUCUGACAGUGUGGUGUCUCUCUCUCUCUAUAGGAGCUGUCUGACAGUGUGGUGUCUCUCUCUAUAGGAGCUGUCUGACAGUGUGGUGUCUCUCUCUCUAUAGGAGCUGUCUGACAGUGUGGUGUCUCUCUCUAUAGGAGCUGUCUGACAGUGUGGUGUCUCUCUCUCUAUAGGAGCUGUCUGACAGUGUGGUGUCUCUCUCUCUAUAGGUGCUGUCUGACAGUGUGGUGUCUCUCUCUCUAUAGGAGCUGUCUGACAGUGUGGUGUCUCUCUAUAGGAGAUGUCUGACAGUGUGGUGUCUCUCUCUAUAGGAGCUGUCUGACAGUGUGGUGUCUCUCUCUAUAGGAGCUGUCUGACAGUGUGGUCUCUCUCUAUAGGAGCUGUCUGACAGUGUGGUGUCUCUCUAUAGGAGCUGUCUGACAGUGUGGUGUCUCUCUCUCUAUAGGAGCUGUCUGACAGUGUGGUGUCUCUCUCUCUAUAGGAGCUGUCUGACAGUGUGGUGUCUCUCUCUCUAUAGGAGCUGUCUGACAGUGUGGUGUCUCUCUCUCUAUAGGAGCUGUCUGACAGUGUGGUGUCUCUCUCUCUAUAGGAGCUGUCUGACAGUGUGGUGUCUCUCUCUCUAUAGGAGCUGUCUGACAGUGUGGUGUCUCUCUCUCUAUAGGAGCUGUCUGACAGUGUGGUGUCUCUCUCUCUAUAGGAGCUGUCUGACAGUGUGGUGUCUCUCUCUAUAGGAGAUGUCUGACAGUGUGGUGUCUCUCUCUCUAUAGGAGCUGUCUGACAGUGUGGUGUCUCUCUCUAUAGGAGCUGUCUGACAGUGUGGGUGUCUCUCUCUCUAUAGGAGAUGUUGACAGUGUGGUUGUCUCUCUCUAAUAGAGCUGUCUGACAGUGUGGUGUCUCUCUCUCUAUAGAGCUGUCUGACAGUGUGGUGGUCUCUCUCUCUAUAGGAGCUGUCUGACAGUGUGGUGUCUCUCUCUCUAUAGGAGCUGUCUGACAGUUGGUGUCUCUCUCUAUAGGAGAUGUCUGACAGUGUGGGUGUCUCUCUCUAUAGGAAGCUGUCUGACAGUUGUGUGUCUCUCUCUAUAGGAGCUGUCUGACAGUGUGGUGUCCUCUCUCUAAGGAGAUGUCCUGACAGUGUGGUGUCUCUCUCUCUAUAGGAGCUGUCUGACAGUGUGGUGUCUCUCUCUAUAGGAGCUGUCUGACAGUGUGGUGUCUCUCUCUAUAGGAGCUGUCUGACAGUGUGGUGUCUCUCUCUAUAGGAGCUGUCUGACAGUGUGGUGUCUCUCUCUAUAGGAGCUGUCUGACAGUGUGGUGUCUCUCUCUCUAUAGGAGCUGUCUGACAGUGUGGCGUCUCUCUCCUCUCUAUAGGAGCUGUUGGCUGAGAAGUCGAAGGUGGCCAGUGUGGAGACCAGGUUGAGUUCCCAGCUCUCGUCCAGGGAGCAGGAGAUGAUUGCCCUGCAGGCUCGUAUGCAGGCCUCCUACCAGGACCACGUAGCCCAGACACAGAAACUCAACGCCAAGGUACUGAUGUACAUGAGAAUAGGACCAGGACAGUCUGUCCGUGUCGGCCUCUGUCCGUGUCGGCCUCUGUCCGUGUCGGCCUCUGUCCGUGUCGGCCUCUGUCCGUGUCGGCCUCUGUCCGUGUCGGCCUCUGUGCCUUUCUCUCAGUUGAAUUGAAUGUGCUUUAUUGGAUUUAAAUUAAUUAUGUAAAGAUUGCCACAGCAUUCAAAAAGUAAGUCCAAAGUGAAAUCCCCUCCUCUCAGGUCCUCGGUCUUCAGGAGCAGUUGGAGUCUGGUCCCACCGCCCAGCUGGCUCGUCUGCAGCAAGAGAACUCUAUUCUCAGAGACGCCCUGAACCAGGCCACCAGCCAGGCAGAGAGCAAGUAGGUGUCUGCUCCUACCCUAAACCCAAACCCUAAACCAGGCCACCAGCCAGGCAGAGAGCAAGUAGGUGUCUGCUCCUACCCUAAACCCAAACCCUAAACCAGGCCACCAGCCAGGCAGAGAGCAAGUAGGUGUCUGCUCCUACCCUAAACCCUAACCCCUAACCCUAAACCAGGCCACCAGCCAGGCAGAGAGCAAGUAGGUGUCUGCUCCUACCCUAAACCGUAACCCCUAACCCUAAACCAGGCCACCAGCCAGGCAGAGAGCAAGUAGGUGUCUGCUCCUACCCUAAACCCUAACCCCUAACCCUGAACCAGGCCACCAGCCAGGCAGAGAGCAAGUAGGUGUCUGCUCCUACCCUAAACCCUAACCCCUAACCCUGAACCAGGCCACCAGCCAGGCAGAGAGCAAGUAGGUGUCUGCUCCUACCCUAAACCCUAACCCCUAACCCUAAACCAGGCCACCAGCCAGGCAGAGAGCAAGUAGGUGUCUGCUCCUACCCUAAACCGUAACCCCUAACCCUAAACCAGGCAACCAGCCAGGCAGAGAGCAAGUAGGUGUCUGCUCCUACCCUAAACCGUAACCCCUAACCCUAAACCAGGCAACCAGCCAGGCAGAGAGCAAGUAGGUGUCUGCUCCUACCCUAAACCCAAACCCUAAACCAGGCCACCAGCCAGGCAGAGAGCAAGUAGGUGUCUGCUCCUACCCUAAACCCUAACCCCUAACCCUGAACCAGGCCACCAGCCAGGCAGAGAGCAAGUAGGUGUCUGCUCCUACCCUAAACCCUAACCCCUAACCCUGAACCAGGCCACCAGCCAGGCAGAGAGCAAGUAGGUGUCUGCUCCUACCCUAAACCCUAACCCCUAACCCUAAACCAGGCAACCAGCCAGGCAGAGAGCAAGUAGGUGUCUGCUCCUACCCUAAACCGUAACCCCUAACCCUAAACCAGGCAACCAGCCAGGCAGAGAGCAAGUAGGUGUCUGCUCCUACCCUAAACCCAAACCCUAAACCAGGCCACCAGCCAGGCAGAGAGCAAGUAGGUGUCUGCUCCUACCCUAAACCCUAACCCCUAACCCUGAACCAGGCCACCAGCCAGGCAGAGAGCAAGUAGGUGUCUGCUCCUACCCUAAACCCUAACCCCUAACCCUGAACCAGGCCACCAGCCAGGCAGAGAGCAAGUAGGUGUCUGCUCCUACCCUAAACCCUAACCCCUAACCCUAAACCAGGCCACCAGCCAGGCAGAGAGCAAGUAGGUGUCUGCUCCUACCCUAAACCGUAACCCCUAACCCUAAACCAGGCAACCAGCCAGGCAGAGAGCAAGUAGGUGUCUGCUCCUACCCUAAACCGUAACCCCUAACCCUAAACCAGGCAACCAGCCAGGCAGAGAGCAAGUAGGUGUCUGCUCCUACCCUAAACCCAAACCCUAAACCAGGCCACCAGCCAGGCAGAGAGCAAGUAGGUGUCUGCUCCUACCCUAAACCCUAACCCCUAACCCUGAACCAGGCCACCAGCCAGGCAGAGAGCAAGUAGGUGUCUGCUCCUACCCUAAACCCUAACCCCUAACCCUGAACCAGGCCACCAGCCAGGCAGAGAGCAAGUAGGUGUCUGCUCCUACCCUAAACCCUAACCCCUAACCCUAAACCAGGCAACCAGCCAGGCAGAGAGCAAGUAGGUGUCUGCUCCUACCCUAAACCGUAACCCCUAACCCUAAACCAGGCAACCAGCCAGGCAGAGAGCAAGUAGGUGUCUGCUCCUACCCUAAACCCAAACCCUAAACCAGGCCACCAGCCAGGCAGAGAGCAAGUAGGUGUCUGCUCCUACCCUAAACCCUAACCCCUAACCCUGAACCAGGCCACCAGCCAGGCAGAGAGCAAGUAGGUGUCUGCUCCUACCCUAAACCCUAACCCCUAACCCUGAACCAGGCCACCAGCCAGGCAGAGAGCAAGUAGGUGUCUGCUCCUACCCUAAACCCUAACCCUAAACCAGGCCACCAGCCAGGCAGAGAGCAAGUAGGUGUCUGCUCCUACCCUAAACCCUAACCCCUAACCCUAAACCAGGCCACCAGCCAGGCAGAGAGCAAGUAGGUGUCUGCUCCUACCCUAAACCCUAACCCCUAACCCUGAACCAGGCCACCAGCCAGGCAGAGAGCAAGUAGGUGUCUGCUCCUACCCUAAACCCAAACCCUAAACCAGGCCACCAGCCAGGCAGAGAGCAAGUAGGUGUCUGCUCCUACCCUAAACCCUAACCCCUAACCCUGAACCAGGCCACCAGCCAGGCAGAGAGCAAGUAGGUGUCUGCUCCUACCCUAAACCCUAACCCCUAACCCUGAACCAGGCCACCAGCCAGGCAGAGAGCAAGUAGGUGUCUGCUCCUACCCUAAACCCUAACCCCUAACCCUAAACCAGGCCACCAGCCAGGCAGAGAGCAAGUAGGUGUCUGCUCCUACCCUAAACCCAAACCCUAAACCAGGCCACCAGCCAGGCAGAGAGCAAGUAGGUGUCUGCUCCUACCCUAAACCCUAACCCCUAACCCUGAACCAGGCCACCAGCCAGGCAGAGAGCAAGUAGGUGUCUGCUCCUACCCUAAACCCUAACCCCUAACCCUAAACCAGGCCACCAGCCAGGCAGAGAGCAAGUAGGUGUCUGCUCCUACCCUAAACCGUAACCCCUAACCCUAAACCAGGCAACCAGCCAGGCAGAGAGCAAGUAGGUGUCUGCUCCUACCCUAAACCGUAACCCCUAACCCUAAACCAGGCAACCAGCCAGGCAGAGAGCAAGUAGGUGUCUGCUCCUACCCUAAACCCAAACCCUAAACCAGGCCACCAGCCAGGCAGAGAGCAAGUAGGUGUCUGCUCCUACCCUAAACCCUAACCCCUAAACCAGGCCACCAGCCAGGCAGAGAGCAAGUAGGUGUCUGCUCCUACCCUAAACCCUAACCCCUAACCCUGAACCAGGCCACCAGCCAGGCAGAGAGCAAGUAGGUGUCUGCUCCUACCCUAAACCCAAACCCUAAACCAGGCCACCAGCCAGGCAGAGAGCAAGUAGGUGUCUGCUCCUACCCUAAACCCAAACCCUAAACCAGGCUACCAGCCAGGCAGAGAGCAAGUAGGUGUCUGCUCCUACCCUAAACCCUAACCCCUAACCCUAAACCAGGCCACCAGCCAGGCAGAGAGCAAGUAGGUGUCUGCUCCUACCCUAAACCCUAACCCUAAACCAGGCCACCAGCCAGGCAGAGAGCAAGUAGGUGUCUGCUCCUACCCUAAACCCUAACCCCUAACCCUAAACCAGGCCACCAGCCAGGCAGAGAGCAAGUAGGUGUCUGCUCCUACCCUAAACCGUAACCCCUAACCCUAAACCAGGCCACCAGCCAGGCAGAGAGCAAGUAGGUGUCUGCUCCUACCCUAAACCGUAACCCCUAACCCUAAACCAGGCCACCAGCCAGGCAGAGAGCAAGUAGGUGUCUGCUCCUACCCUAAACCCUAACCCCUAACCCUAAACCAGGCCACCAGCCAGGCAGAGAGCAAGUAGGUGUCUACUCCUACCCUAAACCCUAACCCUUAACCCUAAACCAGGCCACCAGCCAGGCAGAGAGCAAGUAGGUGUCUGCUCCUACCCUAAACCCUAAACCCAAACCCUAAACCAGGCCACCAGCCAAGCAGAGAGCAAGUAGGUGUCUGCUCCUACCCUAAACCCUAAACCCAAACCCUAAACCAGGCCACCAGCCAGGCAGAGAGCAAGUAGGUGUCUGCUCCUACCCUAAACCCUAACCCCUAACCCUAAACCAGGCCACCAGCCAGGCAGAGAGCAAGUAGGUGUCUGCUCCUACCCUAAACCCUAACCCCUAACCCUGAACCAGGCCACCAGCCAGGCAGAGAGCAAGUAGGUGUCUGCUCCUACCCUAAACCCAAACCCUAAACCAGGCCACCAGCCAGGCAGAGAGCAAGUAGGUGUCUGCUCCUACCCUAAACCCAAGCCCUAAACCAGGCUACCAGCCAGGCAGAGAGCAAGUAGGUGUCUGCUCCUACCCUGAACACUAACCCUAACCCCUGAACCAGGCCACCAGCCAGACAGCAAGUAGGUGGCUCUCCCUGUCCUUUGUCUCAGCCCCUAAAUGUUUUAGCAUUUGCCACUAUGAAAAAUAAGUUUCAGAAUAAGCCAGAAUCUGGUGUUUUGAGAGUGGAAAUGGAACUGCAGAUCAAAUGCAUUAUGUUCUAGGUCUAGGAUUACUAGGGUGAAGCCUACUGUGGGUUGAGGUAUCUACUGUGAAGUCUACUGUGGGUUGAGGUGUCUACUGUGAAGUCUACUGUGGGUUGAGGUGUCUACUGUGAAGUCUACUGUGGGUUGAGGUAUCUACUGUGAAGUCUACUGUGGGUUGAGGUGUCUACUGUGGGUUGAGGUGUCUACUGUGAAGUCUACUGUGGGUUGAGGUAUCUACUGUGGGUUGAGGUAUCUACUGUGAAGUCUACUGUGGGUUGAGGUGUACUGUGAAGUCUACUGUGGGUUGAGGUGUCUACUGUGAAGUCUACUGUGGGUUGAGGUGUCUACUGUGAAGUCUACUGUGGGUUGAGGUGUCUACUGUGAAGUCUACUGUGGGUUGAGGUAUCUACUGUGAAGUCUACUGUGGGUUGAGGUGUCUACUGUGGGUUGAGGUAUCUACUGUGAAGUCUACUGUGGGUUGAGGUGUCUACUGUGAAGUCUACUGUGGGUUGAGGUGUCUACUGUGAAGUCUACUGUGGGUUGAGGUGUCUACUGUGAAGUCUACUGUGGGUUGAGGUGUCUACUGUGGGUUGAGGUAUCUACUGUGAAGUCUACUGUGGGUUGAGGUGUCUACUGUGAAGUCUACUGUGGGUUGAGGUGUCUACUGUGGGUUGAGGUAUCUACUGUGAAGUCUACUGUGGGUUGAGGUGUCUACUGUGAAGUCUACUGUGGGUUGAGGUGUCUACUGUGACGUCUACUGUGGGUUGAGGUAUCUACUCUUCUCUUCCCACUGUGCGAAAAACAAAACAAUACCUGCACUUGUCUUUUUUCCUAGUAGCACUGACUUUUCUGAUAAAUACUUUAUUGAGGGAAAAUGUACUUGCUACUACUGUGAUAUGUGGUUGUCUCACCUAGAUAUCUUAAGAUGAAUGCACUAACUCUUCGUUGCUCUGAGUAAGAGCAUCUGCUAAAUGACUCAAAUGUAAAAUAUCUAUUCUCAGACAGAAUGCAGAGCUGACCAAGCUGAGACAGGACUGUGCCAGACUAACCAAGGAGCUGGGGGAGAAGAGCGAGAGCCUUCAGGCUGAUGAGAACAUCAAGAGAGGGCUGGAGGCUAAGGUGUCUUCUGUAGAGAAACAACUGUCUUUACUACAGGUAGGACUGGUGUCUUCUGUAGAGAAACAACUGUCUUUACUACAGGUAGGACUGGUGUCUUCUGUAGAGAAACAACUGUCUUUACUACAGGUAGGACUGGUGUCUUCUGUAGAGAAACAACUGUCUUUACUACAGGUAGGACUGGUGUCUUCUGUAGAGAAACAACUGUCUUUACUACAGGCAGGACUGGUGUCUUCUGUAGAGAAACAACUGUCUUUACUACAGGCAGGACUGGUGUCUCCUGUAGAGAAACAACUGUCUUUACUACAGGCAGGACUGGUGUCUCCUGUAGAGAAACAACUGUCUUUACUACAGGCAGGACUGGUGUCUCCUGUAGAGAAACAACUGUCUUUACUACAGGCAGGACUGGUGUCUUCUGUAGAGAAAACAACUGUCUUUACUACAGGCAGGACUGGUGUCUCCUGUAGAGAAACAACUGUCUUUACUACAGGCAGGACUGGUGUCUCCUGUAGAGAAACAACUGUCUUUACUACAGGCAGGACUGGUGUCUCCUGUAGAGAAACAACUGUCUUUACUACAGGCAGGACUGGUGUCUUCCUGUAGAGAAACAACUGUCUUUACUACAGGCAGGGACUGGUGUCUCCUGUAGAGAAACAAACUGUCUUUACUACAGGCAGGACUGGUGUCUUCUGUAGAGAAACAACUGUCUUUACAACAGGCAGGACUGGUGUCUUCUGUAGAGAAAACUGUCUUUACUACAGGCAGGACUGGUGUCUUCUGUAGAGAGAACUGUCUUUACAACAGGCAUGACUGGUGUCUCCUGUAGAGAAAACUGUCUUUACUACAGGCAGGACUGGUGUCUUCUGUAGAGAAAACUGUCUUUACAACAGGCAGGACUGGUGUCUUCUGUAGAGAAAACUGUCUUUACAACAGGCAGGACUGGUGUCUCCUGUAGAGAAAACUGUCUUUACUACAGGUAGGACUGGUGUCUUCUGUAGAGAAACGACUGUCUUUACUACAGGCAGGACUGGUGUCUUCUGUAGAGAAACGACUGUCUUUACUACAGGCAGGACUGGUGUCUUCUGUAGAGAAACGACUGUCUUUACUACAGGCAGGACUGGUGUCUCCUGUAGAGAAACAACUGUCUUUACUACAGGCAGGACUGGUGUCUUCUGUAGAGAAACAACUGUCUUUACAACAGGCAUGACUGGUGUCUCCUGUAGAGAAAACUGUCUUUACUACAGGCAGGACUGGUGUCUUCUGUAGAGAAAACUGUCUUUACAACAGGCAGGACUGGUGUCUUCUGUAGAGAAAACUGUCUUUACAACAGGCAGGACUGGUGUCUCCUGUAGAGAAAACUGUCUUUACUACAGGUAGGACUGGUGUCUUCUGUAGAGAAACGACUGUCUUUACUACAGGCAGGACUGGUGUCUUCUGUAGAGAAACGACUGUCUUUACUACAGGCAGGACUGGUGUCUUCUGUAGAGAAACGACUGUCUUUACUACAGGCAGGACUGGUGUCUCCUGUAGAGAAACAACUGUCUUUACUACAGGCAGGACUGGUGUCUUCUGUAGAGAAACAACUGUCUUUACAACAGGCAGGACUGGUGUCUUCUGUAGAGAAAACUGUCUUUACUACAGGCAGGACUGGUGUCUUCUGUAGAGAAAACUGUCUUUACAACAGGCAGGACUGGUGUCUCCUGUAGAGAAAACUGUCUUUACUACAGGCAGGACUGGUGUCUCCUGUAGAGAAAACUGUCUUUACUACAGGUAGGACUGGUGUCUCCUGUAGAGAAACAACUGUCUUUACUACAGGCAGGACUGGUGUCUCCUGUAGAGAAACAACUGUCUUUACUACAGGUAGGACUGGUGUCUCCUGUAGAGAAACAACUGUCUUUACUACAGGUAGGACUGGUGUCUCCUGUAGAGAAACAACUGUCUUUACUACAGGCAGGACUGGUGUCUUCUGUAGAGAAACAACUGUCUUUACAACAGGCAGGACUGUUGUCUUCUGUAGAGAAAACUGUCUUUACUACAGGCAGGACUGGUGUCUUCUGUAGAGAAAACUGUCUUUACAACAGGCAGGACUGGUGUCUCCUGUAGAGAAAACUGUCUUUACUACAGGCAGGACUGGUGUCUUCUGUAGAGAAAACUGUCUUUACAACAGGCAGGACUGGUGUCUCCUGUAGAGAAAACUGUCUUUACUACAGGCAGGACUGGUGUCUCCUGUAGAGAAACAACUGUCUUUACAACAGGCAGGACUGGUGUCUUCUGUAGAGAAAACUGUCUUUACUACAGGCAGGACUGGUGUCUCCUGUAGAGAAAACUGUCUUUACAACAGGCAGGACUGGUGUCUCCUGUAGAGAAAACUGUCUUUACUACAGGCAGGACUGGAGAGAGCACACACACGGUCAGACUGAUGACAACAUCUGGAGAGUGGGCUGGAGGCUGGCAGUUUGCUGAGAGCCUCGUCUGGUCCCCCCCCCCAAGGCACUGCAUCGCAGUGCUAACUGUGCCACUAGAGAUCCUGGUUCGAAUCCAGGCUCUGUCGCCGCCGGCCACGACCGGGAGACUCAUGGGUGGCGCAGGGUAGGGGAGGGAAUGGCCGGCAGGGAUGUAGCUCAGUUGAUAGAGCAUGGCGUUUGCAACGCCAGGGUUGUGGGUUCGAUUCCCACGGGGGGCCAGUAUAAAAAAAAAUGUAUUCACUAACUGUAAGUCGCUCUGGAUAAGAGCGUCUGCUAAAUGACUAAAAUGUAUGUAAAUGUAAAAUGAGGGCUGGAGUCUAAACUACUCCAAUUCUGUGACUCUCAAUUGAUCACCCUAUUGUCAUCAAAGUACUCUCGCUCUGUCAAUUCUAUUCACGUCUCUUUCUUUCUCUCUCGCUCUGCCUCUCUUUCUCUCUCUCAACCCUUAUCUACUGGCUGGUUCCCCCCCCCUCUAAACCCGUAUCUAUCGGCUGGGCCCCCUCACCCCUCCAAAGCGCCGGUGAUUGGGGCUGGAUCUCUGAUGGGGUUUGUAAUCACAGAGCUGUGUGUUGGACUGGAAUGCAACCACACAAUAAUGGGGGGCUGGCUGCUGGCUGUAAGGGAAAUGCUUUUCUCUCUCAGCACCAGAUGGAAUGUGUGCUACGUGCCCAAGCAAAGCAGGACUCCAUUCUGCAUAAGCUGUCUGCAAAAUGGCCGUCAUCUAGUGGAACUGACUGUAUACUGUACAUCAGACUGUUUGCUAUAUGGAAUCUACUAUGACUGAUACUACUACUACUACUGUUACUACGGCUACUACUACUGUUACUACGGCUACUACUACUACUGCGAAGACUGCCACUACUGCGGCGAAUACGACUAAUACUAUUACUAGACUCAUACAGCAGGGUUAGUUCUUGGCUCCAUUCUUGACAUUUGCACCUUCCUGCCCUGCACAGUGUUUAAAAUGCUAGCACACCCAGCUGUUUUUAGUACGUUAGCUACAUUCUAAUGGAAUGCUGUUUUGUGUGUGUUAUCAUGGAAUGUGGGGAGUGAGUCGGUCCUUUACUUCCUGAUAGUGAAGACUUCAUGUUAUAAUAAUAAUAAUAAUAUAAUAUGCCAUUUAGCAGACGCUUUUAUCCAAAGCGACUUACAGUCAUGCGUGCAUACAUUUUUGUGUAUGGGUGGUCCCGGGGAUCGAACCCACUACCUUGGCGUUACAAGCGCCGUGCUCUACCAGCUGAGCUACAGAGGACCACAUGUUGUUUAAUCAUUUUAACUAUGACCUCUUCCUGGACCAGUCCUGAAGUUUAUCAUCCGAAUGUAAUAAAAGUGCCUAUUAGUGAAUGUAGACGUCCCAGGCUCUUUACGCUGUGUCAGUAUCGUUACACGCCGACUGCGUCCGCCAUCGCAAGCAUGUUGAUUUUGUCCAUCUGCCCCAGACGCGAUCAGGACACGCAGGUUGAAAUAUCAAAACCAACUCUGAACCAACUAUAUUAACUUGGGGACCGGUCGAAACGCAUUAAACAUUCAUGGAAAUGUAGCUAGCUAGCUUGCUGUUGCUAGCUAAUUUGUCCUGGGAUAUAAACAUUGGGUUGUUAUAUUACCCGAAAUGCACAAGGUCCUCUACUCCGACAAUUAAUCCACAGGUAAAAGGGUAAACCUAGUUAAUUUCUAGUAAUCUCUCCUCCUUCAGUCUUCUUCUUUGGACAUAAUAUAUAUAUGGCAGUUGGCAACCAACUUUAAGGUGCAUUACCACCACCAACUGGACUGGAGUGUGGACUGCAGUUCAUCUUUCAAUCACCCACGUGGGUAUAUGUUGCUAAAAACCAAUGAGGAGAUGGGAGCGGCGGAACUUGCAGCGCGUCAAGUGUCACAAAUGGAACCAAGUUCUAUUUUAGGGCCUGACUACGCAGAUGAUCGUCGACGCGCGCGCGAGCAGUUUGGAUGAAAUAAUUUGAAUGACGUAUGUGUACAUUUUAUGUUGCAACGCUCGCGCACGUAACGUGAGCAGUGUGGUUAGCGUCUGUGUUGCUCUGUCUCACUCCUCAGUUUUAUAGUUCAUACUAACUCUGUAGCUGGAUAAUGUAGUAGAGAAAUUAUAUUUAUCCUCUGCUGCCCUCUGGUGGUGAGUAACAGUGCCCCCUGCUUCCAUAAUCAUGCCAGCCAUGCAGAUAGCGAGACCAUAACAAAUAGAGGCUCAGCCGGUACAGAUUGGCAACGCCAAGGGUCGUGCGUUCGAUUCCCGCCGUGACCACCCAUAUGUAAAAAUGUAUGCACACAUGACGACUAUAAGUUGCUUUUGGAGAAAAAUAUUCUGCUAAAUGGCAUAUUGUGGAUGGAUGAAUGUCAUAACUUACCCUGAGCAUGCUGUCACACUGCAGUAUCACAGAAUACUAUCUAUCUGUCUAUCAGGCCAGUCAUGCUGAGAGUGAGCAGAUGCUGCAGAGGAGGCUGGAGGAAGUCAGUGAGGAGUUGAGGAGUUCUCAGAGCACCCUGGAGAAAGCCCAGCAGGACGCUACAACCCUCGCAGGUAAAACAUUAUUCACGUUUCGGCCAUGUUUCUUGGAAUUCCAGUGAGCUGACGGGGCAUGAAGCGAAAGUCCUCCGUUUUGGAAGUCCAUGUAAACUCGUGCUGAAACUUUCCUCAAGUUCAACCUUUUAAAAAAUGCACUUGGAUGAUUGAUAAACCGACCAACAGAACAAAUCAGAGUACGUAUAAUCACGUUAUUUUUAACUGACAAAUUUAACCUACGUUAUUUUAUUCUUUAAAAUUGCAGGUGAAUAAGGACUUUUGACUACUGAUUAAACAAUGCUGAUAGUUUGUAGUGCUGUCUGCUAUCCCUCCAGACCUCCAGGUCCACCUGGGCAGUGUAGAGGCUGAUCUGAAGGAGCGUAGUGCCCAGGUGGAGGCCCUCACAGCCCAGCUGGAGCAGACAGAGCUGGAGAAGGGACAACUGGAGGACCAGGUGGGAUCCAUUAAUGUACUUCUAGAGGCCAGCCACAACAGAGAGGAGAAUGAGGACAUGGAGGUGAGUUAUCAGAUUAUAUUAUGUUAAUGAGGACAUGGAGGUGAGUUAUCAGAUCAGAUGAUAUUUUAAUGAGGACAUGGAGGUGGGUUAUCAGAUCAGAUGAUAUUAAUGAGGACAUGGAGGUGGGUUAUCAGAUCAGAUGAUAUUAAUGAGGACAUGGAGGUGGGUUAUCAGAUCAGAUGAUAUUAAUGAGGACAUGGAGGUGGGUUAUCAGAUCAGAUGAUAUUAAUGAGGACAUGGAGGUGGGUUAUCAGAUCAGAUGAUAUUAAUGAGGACAUGGAGGUGGGUUAUCAGAUCAGAUGAUAUUAAUGAGGACAUGGAGGUGGGUUAUCAGAUCAGAUGAUAUUAAUGAGGACAUGGAGGUGGGUUGUCAGAUUAGAUGAUAUUAAUGAGAUCAUGGAGGUGAGUUAUCAGAUUAGAUUAGAUUAGAUUAUAUGAUAUUAUGGGGCGGGUAGGAGCCUAGACCUGCGCGAGCCAGUGCUUAGUAGUGCCAGAGAGGUUUAAAACCCAGAGACUCGACAUGCGAUUACUUCCUAUAAACACCCAGGAUGAAGACUCAGAGCACCGUCAAUGGGAGAGUGGCAAAUUUGUUCACAAAGUAUUUGCAGGAGGUAAUCAAUCACAAGUUGAGUAUCUGUUUCCAAACCUCUCUGGUGCUAGUUAGCAUGGGCUUGUCCCGAGAUGGUGUAUUGGUGGAAACUAUGUUAUUGACUGUUCUUUUGGGUCGAUUUCUAAGGAUGUCUGAAUUGAUGUUUGUUUAUGUUUUGUAGGAAAACUCCACUGAGUUGGAACGGCUAAAGAUGAGGUACCUUCUGAUCUGUCCCUCAUAAUUCUCUCUAUAUAGAUGUAGAGUUGAUAUUUUCUCAACAACGCCAAUCAUUUUCUCUUCCAGUCUUCAAGACCGAGACAUUCAGCUGGCGUCACUCCAAGAGGAGCUGAAGCAGCUCAAAGAAAUGAAACAGGAGGCAGCUAUAACUGCCGUAAGUAUCUCAACUCUGAGACAAAAUCUCUGUUCUGUUGUCACUUUGCUAGUGGGAAGGCCAUGGUCCAUGGCUAGCUGAAUCAGUUCUUUUUCUAUUGAUUCACUAACUGAAUCGGUUAUUUCUGUAUUGAUUCACUAACUGAAUCAGUUAUUUCUCUAUUGAUUCACUAACUGAAUCGGUUAUUUCUGUAUUAAUUCAUUAACUGAAUCAGUUAUUUCUCUAUUGAUUCACUAACUGAAUCGGUUAUUUCUGUAUUAAUUCACUAACUGAAUCAGUUAUUUCUGUAUUAAUUCACUAACUGAAUCGGUUAUUUCUGUAUUCAUUCACUAACUGAAUCGGUUAUUUCUGUAUUCAUUCACCAACUGAAUCGGUUAUUUCUGUAUUAAUUCACUAACUGAAUCGGUUAUUUCUCUAUUGAUUUCCUAGCUGAUAAAACAUAUUAUUUAGACCUGUCUAGGCAGAAUUGUGUCCGUUGGGAAGAGACCUCUUGUUUCCAAAGAAGGGUAUUGAGAAAACCAUAGAUUUGAUCUUUCUAAUGAUCUUCUCACUCUGUCGCGACAGGAGGUCACUACAACUGAGCCCGAGCAGGAUCAUAACUGGUACGUCUAGUCCACCUCCACCUGUGUAUAUAUCAUCCAUUUGAAUCAGUCCCCAGCUUUGUUUAAUUCUGGCUAUUAUGUACCUGAACAUUCUCGUAUGUAUCUUUUUUAAUUUUAUUUUAGUGAGGACAGAAGCCUGGUGGCAUCACUUCAGGAAGAACUGAAGCAGCUUAGAGAAGAGAUGGAACAACUACUAAACUCUCCCGUAGCUCCCCCAAGUUUCAUCGAACUAAAAGCGGUACGUUUCUGUAUUUAAACGACAGUUUUUCCAUGAUGAAUAUUGACAUGUUCUCAUGGUUAACUUGGGGCGGCAUGUAGUCCAGUGGCUAGAGGGGUGAGCCAGCAACCAGAAGGUUGCCAGUUCGAAAAACAUUGGUUUUCGAAAAAUAUCUGGAUGGAUGUGAGCUGGCAACCGAAGGGUUGCUGAUAUCAAAUCCUAGAUGCCAUUGCCUGCCAUUAUGCCCUUGAGCAAGGCACUUUACCCCCCCACAACAACUACUCCACGGCGCCCAGUGUGGCAGUCCCCUGCUCCAACCUGUGUGUGUAUAUAUACAUACAUGUGUGUGUGUGUGUGUGUGUGUGUGUGUGUCUUUCAGAGGGGUUGGGAUAAAGCAGACCAAUAAAGUAAUCUUAAUGUUGAAACUCCUUUUUUUUACCAGGCUGAUGUCUCAGGAGAGACUAAACAGCUACGCAACGGGUAUGUUAUGAUUUUAUUGAUGCCUUGUUCCAGAGAAAUAGAUUUACUAGAGGACAGAACAUUGACUUGUUCCAGAGAAAUAGAUUUACUAGGGGACAGAACAUUGACUUGUUCCAGAGAAAUAGAUUUACUAGGGGACAGAACAUUGACUUGAAUAGGACUGUCAGUUCUAGUCCUAUGCCUUGUGCUCAACUCCACAAAAAAACAAUCAGUUCAAUACAGCUGUAUUACAACACGACAUUGUCUAACACUGGUUAACCAUGUGCUCUUCCUUCCAGUCUGGAGAAGAGCGAGAGCCAGGAAGCAUCGCUAGAAGCGGAAGGGAAGGAACUCAAAGAAAAAUCUGAACAGGCCCAGAGCAGCACCACUGUAAGUUCCCCAUUCCUCUCCUACAGUCACCUUAGCCUGGUCCCAGGCCUGUUUGUGCUGUACAGCCAACUCCUAUGGGCGUUUGGUGUGACAAUGACCAUAGGAGUUGGCAAGACGGCACAAACAGGCCUGGGACCAUGCUAGAUCUGCCUUUUUCUAGGGAGUUUUUCCUAGCCACCGUGCUUCUACAUCUGCAUUGCUUGCUGUUUGGGGUUUUAGGCUGGGUUACUGUAUAGCACUUUGUGACAUCUGCUGAUGUAAAAAGGGCUUUAUUAAUCCAUGUGAUUUGAUAUAGUUACCCUGCUUGUCUAUCAACAUGAUCUGUAUUAGUGAACGAUCUGUUUUGGUUUCAGCAGUCUGACAACACAGCAGAACUGGCUGCACUACAAACCAGGUACAUGGAAACUUGCUCAUCGCCGUUUUGAAAUUCAAAUCAAACUGUAUUUAAAGUGUAUUUUUAAAAAAUCACAACACACUUUACAGUAAACCAAUACAAAUGAAGGGGAUAAAAGUUAUAUGGGCUUUUGGCUCUUCUGUAUAAAAAGUAAACUGUUUCUUUCCCUUGGUUCUCCGUUAGUCUGGCAGAGAGGGAAGCUAUGAUGACGUCACUACAGGAGGCGCUAAGGGAAGCCAGGGACCAAUCACAGAAGGUACAGGAGACUCUCGCUCAGUCCCAGCUGAGCACAGAGCUGCCGUUAAGACUGAGCCAUAAUAAUGAUAAUUGAUUAUUGAUUGGUCUGGUCUGACAGAAGUCAUGGUUAUGCAGUCUGUAUAGUAUGUUAACAGUGUUUUUAAUGCAGUCUGUAUAGUUUCUGGUUUUUACAGGUAAAGACAAAUAUAACAUUUUAAUCAAAUGUAAUGGACAUUCUUAUUGGUUCGGUCUGUGGGGUUUUGAUUCCAGGAGCUGUUGGAGAAACUGAAGGAGACCGAGGACAGCCACGGGACACUGCAGGCAGAGUGUGACCAGUACAGGACAGUCCUGGCUGAAACGGUGACGACUUGCACUAAUACAACAUGCCCAAUUGGUCAACCAUCACCUGCAUCUCUAAAUAAACUUAACAUUUGGCCUACAGCCUUUUUACUACAAAAGACAAUAGCGUGUUUGAGUGAGAGAGAGAGAGAGAGAGAGACAGAGGUGUGGAUGAGGAAUAAAUCUGCUGAAUUUAUCACCCAACACCUGCAUCUAUAAAGAUGUGAAAGAAAACUCUCUUCUUGCAUAAAAACAAGUGUGAGCGGGCGAGAGAGCGAGUCGUGGUCUACAUGUCAUGGAUCUGUCUCCCUCCACAGGAAGGAAUGCUGAAGGACCUUCAGAAGAGUGUUGAGGAGGAGGAGCUGGUGUGGAAAUCCAAGAUGGCCGACUCUGAGGACCAGUUGAAGAAGGUGAAGAAGCAGCGUAGUGUCCCUCUUCUCUGUAAUGCUUGUGAUAAUAAUAUAAUAUGCCAUUUAGCAGACGCUUUUAUCCAAAGCGACUUACAGUCAUGCGUGCAUAAAAAAUUAUUUUUUGUGUAUGGGUGGUCCCAGGGAUCGAACCCACUACCUUGGCGUUACAAGCGCCGUGCUCUACCAGCUGAGCUACAGAGGACCACAUAUUGUGCUGUCUGUGGGUCUGUUCUAAACCACUCCUUCUCUACUCACACUAGGCCCUGGAACAAGUGCACACUCUGAAGGAGACUGCAGAGAGCUUGAAGCCAGAAAACCAAAGCAUAGAACAGGUAUAAUAAAUACAUCAAUGUAAAAAAUAAAAAAAUUGUUAAUUAAUUUCCACCUGAAGGGGUUUAUCAUGAUGCUCCGUGUAAUAUGUUUUAAUAUCCCGUCCAGUGGGUGUGUGGUGACAGACUGGUACUGUCUGAUGGAGGCUUUAGUAAUGGACUCCUCCCUGUAAUGCAGCCUGUAUAGGAUGUUAACAGUGUUUUUAAUGCAGUCUGUAUAGUAUGUUAACAGUGUGUUUAUGCAGUCUCUAUAGUAUGUUAACAGUGUUUUAAUGCAGUCGUAUAGUAUGUUAACAGUGUUUAAUGCAGUCUCUAUAGUAAUGUUAACACGUGUUUUAAUGGCAGUCUGUAUAGUAUGUUAACAGUGUUUUAAUGCGUCUCUAUAGUAUGUUAACGUGUGUUUAAUGCAGUCUGUAUAGGAUGUUAACAGUUGUUUUAAUGCAGUCUGUAUAGUAUGUUAACAGUGUUUUUAAUGCAGUCUGUAUAGUAUGUUAACAGUGUUUUAAUGCAGUCUGUAUAGUAUGUUAACAGUGUGUUUAAUGCAGUCUGUAUAGUAUGUUAACAGUGUUUUAAUGCAGUCUCUAUAGUAUGUUAACAGUGUUUUAAUGCAGUCUGUAUAGUAUGUUAACAGUGUUUUUAAUGCAGUCUUGUAUUAGUAUGUUAACAGUGGUUUUAAUGCAGUCUGUAUAGUAUGUUAACAGUGUUUUAAUGCAGUCCUGUAUAGUAUGUUACAGUGUGUUUAAUGCAGUCUGUAUAGUAUGUUAACAGUGUUUUAAUGCAGUCUGUAUAGUAUGUUAACAGUGUUUUUUAAUGCAAGUCUGUAUAGUAUGUUAACAGUUGUUUGUAAUGCAGUCUGGUAUAAGUAUGUUAACAGUGGUUUUAAUGCAGUCUGUAUCAGUAUGUUAACAGUGGUUAAUGCAGUCUCUAUAGUAAUGUUAACAUGUUUUAAUGCCGUCUGUAAUAGUAUGUUAACAGUGUUUUAAUUAAUGCAGUCUGUAUAGUAAGUUUAACAGUGUUUAAUGCAGUCCUGUAUAGUAUGUUAGACAUGUUUUUUAAUGCAGUCCUGUAUAGGUAUGUUAACAGUGUUUUUAAAAAUGCAGUCUGUAUAGUGAUGUUAACAGUGUUUUAAAUGCAGUCUGUAUAGUAAUGUUAACAGUGGUUUUUAAAUGCCAGUCCUCUAUAGUAUGUUUAAAGUGUGUUUAAAUGCAGUCCUGUAUAGUUUCUGGUUUUUUACAGGUAAAGGCAAAUAUAAAAUGUUUAUCAAAUGUAAUGGACAUUCUUAUUGGUUCGGUCUGUGGGGUUUUGAUUCCAGGAGCUGUUGGAGAAACUGAAGGAGACCGAGGACAGCCACGGGACACUGCAGGCAGAGUGUGACCAGUACAGGACAGUCCUGGCUGAAACGGUGAAGACUUGCACUAAUACAACAUGCCCAAUUGGUCAACCAUCACCCGCAUCUCUAAAUGAACUUAACAUUUGGCCUACAGCCUUUUUACUACAAAAGACAAUAGCGUGUUUGAGAGAGUGCGAGACAGAGGUGUGGAUAGGGAAUACAUCUGCCUAAUUUAUCACCCAACACCUGCAUCUAUAAAGACGUGAAAGAAAACUCUCUCUUCUUGCAUAAAAACAAGUGUGAGCGGGCGAGAGAGCGAGUCGUGGUCUACAUGUCAUGGAUCUGUCUCCCUCCACAGGAAGGAAUGCUGAAGGACCUUCAGAAGAGUGUUGAGGAGGAGGAGCUGGUGUGGAAAUCCAAGAUGGCCGACUCUGAGGACCAGUUGAAGAAGGUGAAGAAGCAGCGUAGUGUCCCUCUUCUCUGUAAUGCUUGUGAUAAUAAUAUAAUAUGCCAUUUAGCAGACGCUUUUAUCCAAAGCGACUUACAGUCAUGCGUGCAUACAUUAUUUUAUUUUUUUGUGUAUGGGUGGUCCCAGGGAUCGAACCCACUACCUUGGCGUUACAAGCGCCGUGCUCUACCAGCUGAGCUACAGAGGACCACAUAUUGUGCUGUCUGUUGCUCUGUUCUAAACCACUCCUUCUCUACUCACACUAGGCCCUGGAACAAGUGCACACUCUGAAGGAGACUGCAGAGAGCUUGAAGCCAGAAAACCAAAGCAUAGAACAGGUAUAAUAAAUACAUCAAUGUAAAAAUAAAAAUAAAUGUGUUAAUUAAUUUCCACCUGAAGGGGUUUAUCAUGAUGCUCCGUGUAAUAUGUUUUUAAUAUCCCGUCCAGUGGGUGUGUGGUGACAGACUGGUCCUGGAGGCUUUGGGCUGUUGGUGUUAACCGGGGUUUUUGCAUCAAUAUGCCAUGUUUAAGCAUCUGGGAUAAGGCGAAAAAAGGGGGAAGCAGGUAAAUAAACAAUGAAAAUAAAAUAAUUUGGUUCUUAAGCCUCAUUGGGUUACAUUGUUUUUAAAUGCAUUUUUUUUUUUCCCCCCCCCCCCUUCCUUAAGUUUUUAACGUGUUUUUAAGCGUCUGGUUUAAUGUUAACAGUUGUUGUUUUUUAAUGCAGUCUGUAUAGUAUGUUAACAGUGUGUUUAAUGCAGUCUGUAUAGUAUGUUAACAGUGUUUUAAUGCAGUCUCUAUAGUAUGUUAACAGUGUUUUAAUGCAGUCUGUAUAGUAUGUUAACAGUGUUUUAAUGCAGUCUGUAUAGUAUGUUAACAGUGUUUUAAUGCAGUCUGUAUAGUAUGUUAACAGUGUUUUAAUGCAGUCUCUAUAGUAUGUUAACAGUGUUUUAAUGCAGUCUGUAUAGUAUGUUAACAGUGUGUUUAAUGCAGUCUGUAUAGUAUGUUAACAGUGUUUUAAUGCAGUCUCUAUAGUAUGUUAACAGUGUGUUUAAUGCAGUCUCUAUAGUAUGUUAACAGUGUUUUAAUGCAGUCUGUAUAGUAUGUUAACAGUGUGUUUAAUGCAGUCUGUAUAGGAUGUUAACAGUGUGUUUAAUGCAGUCUCUAUAGUAUGUUAACAGUGUUUUUAAUGCAGUCUGUAUAGGAUGUUAACAGUGUGUUUAAUGCAGUCUGUAUAGGAUGUUAACAGUGUGUUUAAUGCAGUCUGUAUAGUAUGUUAACAGUGUGUUUAAUGCAGUCUCUAUAGUAUGUUAACAGUGUUUUUAAUGCAGUCUGUAUAGGAUGUUAACAGUGUGUUUAAUGCAGUCUGUAUAGGAUGUUAACAGUGUGUUUAAUGCAGUCUGUAUAGUAUGUUAACAGUGUGUUUAAUGCAGUCUCUAUAGUAUGUUAACAGUGUUUUAAUGCAGUCUGUAUAGUAUGUUAACAGUGUUUUAAUGCAGUCUGUAUAGUAUGUUAACAGUGUUUUUAAUGCAGUCUGUAUAGUAUGUUAACAGUGUUUUUAAUGCAGUCUGUAUAGUUUCUGGUUUUUACAGGUAAAGGCAAAUAUAAAAUGUUUAUCAAAUGUAAUGGACAUUCUUAUUGGUUCGGUCUGUGGGGUUUUGAUUCCAGGAGCUGUUGGAGAAACUGAAGGAGACCGAGGACAGCCACGGGACACUGCAGGCAGAGUGUGACCAGUACAGGACAGUCCUGGCUGAAACGGUGAAGACUUGCACUAAUACAACAUGCCCAAUUGGUCAACCAUCACCCGCAUCUCUAAAUGAACUUAACAUUUGGCCUACAGCCUUUUUACUACAAAAGACAAUAGCGUGUUUGAGAGAGUGCGAGACAGAGGUGUGGAUAGGGAAUACAUCUGCCUAAUUUAUCACCCAACACCUGCAUCUAUAAAGACGUGAAACAAAACUCUCUCUUCUUGCAUAAUAACAAGUGUGAGCGGGCGAGAGAGCGAGUCGUGGUCUACAUGUCAUGGAUCUGUCUCCCUCCACAGGAAGGAAUGCUGAAGGACCUUCAGAAGAGUGUUGAGGAGGAGGAGCUGGUGUGGAAAUCCAAGAUGGCCGACUCUGAGGACCAGUUGAAGAAGGUGAAGAAGCAGCGUAGUGUCCCUCUCCUCUGUAAUGCUUGUGAUAUUGUGCUGUCUGUGGGUCUGUUCUAAACCACUCCUUCUCUACUCACACUAGGCCCUGGAACAAGUGCACACUCUGAAGGAGACUGCAGAGAGCUUGAAGCCAGAAAAACAAAGCAUAGAACAGGUAUAAUAAAUACAUCAAUGUAAAAAUAAAUAAAAAAUGUUAAUUAAUUUCCACCUGAAGGGUGGAACAUUAUGUGCCGUGUAAUGUUUUAAUAUCCGGUCCAGUAGGUGUGUAGUGACUGACUGGUUCUGUCUGAGGCUUUAGUAAUGGACUCCUCCCUCUCUCUGCAGCUGAAGGAGCAGGUGAUGCUGUUGGAAGCCCAGUUGGAGAAACAGUCCGAGACCGCCCCGACAGAGGAGGAAAUGUCUCAGGUACACAUCUACAUCCGUUAAGGGCGGCAGCUAGCCAAGCAGUUAGCGCUAGUCCAAGUCCCGAGCCGACAAGGUGUAAAUUAUGUCGAUGUGCCUUUUGAGCAAGGCGCUUAACCCUAAUUGCUCCAGGAUCGCCGUUGAUGAUGACAGACCCUGACCGUGAACCCACUCUCCGGGGGUGUCUCUGGGAGUUGGGAUAAGCAAAAAACACAUUUCCAAUUCACACGCGUGUGUGUGUAUAAUGGGUGAAAUGGGACAAAUAUAAGCACCCACCAAAUUACGAUUAUUAUUAUUAUUAUACAGACCAUAAAUGGAUACACUACACAUCAAUAUUCAUAGACCAUAGGUACACUAUUUAUACACAUCAAUAUUCAUAGACCAUAGGUACACUAUUUAAACACCAAUAUUCAUAGACCAUAGGUGCACUAUUUAUACACAUCAAUAUUCAUAGACCAUAGGUACACUAGUUAUACACAUCAAUAUUCAUAGACCAUAGGUACACUAGUUAUACAUAUAGUAGAAACAGUCAGAGGAAAUGACUCCGGUACACCGACUAGUAAAGACAUCAUCCCAUAUCACCAGCUGUUUUUUUGCUCUGUCUCACUAAAUCACAUUGCUGGUAGAGUGAGUGACCACAGAAUGUAGUACAUUAUUGAGUCCGUGUGUUCUCCAGUUGAAGCAGCUGCUGUCAGAGUCUCAGAGCCAGCUGGAGUCAGCCCAGACGCAAGCCCAGACGCACAGGGAAGAGCUGGCUAUGGUAAGUGUGUGUGUGUCUGUCUCCUGUGGUCCUGACCGGAACAUCAAUGAGUUGAGGUCAACUUAGUGUGUGUGUGUGUAUGAGUUUGUGUAUUCCAAUUCUCUCCCUCUUGUCUCUAACCCCUGGAGCUUCCUGUUCCAGGUCAGAGGUCAGCUGAACGAGGCGAUGGAGCGCGCUCAGAUCCAGAAGGCGGUCCCUGAGGCCGGGGCACAGAAUGGCCAAUCAGAGCCUGAGGUCAGGGUGCAUCGAAGGUUAUAGGUCAUAGGGGCAAUCCUUCACUGCCGGUCUACUCUAUUGGAGGGAACUGGAAACUGGUCACUAAUGGUCACCACCACUCCAUAAUAUAGUCCUCAGCACAUUCUAAUUAGGAAGGAAUAGCAAGCCUAUUGUCUCACAGCCAAAGGCUAUAUUAUUAAACAACCACUGUAAUGAAGCAGCCCACCCUCCCAAAAAAACGGCAAUUUGCGGGAAAAUACUGUUAUUAAAAAAAACACCUGAUGUUAGUGGUUUCAUGUGAUGGAGAUAAAUCUCAGUUAAAAGCUUAGAGGGGAAACCUAAAGAUGCAACAACUAGGAUGGGUUGCUAAUGACUAGGAUUGGGCCUUUGGCUUCUGGACAACGAAAGAAAGUUGAUAGUAUGUUAAAUGCUUGUUUCAAUGGCAUAUGAGUCUUUAUAAAAUUUAAAAUAAUUGCAUCCACGUUUCUAUGGUCUGAUUUUGGCUAGGCUACUUCGACGCAAGUUAAGACAUUCCUCAUCAUAUGUAGUAAAACCUCCCAUGUUUCAAAAUGCACACUGCCUCCAGCUCAGAUUGCAAGGUGGUGGGUGACUCGCUGAUAGCCUGCAUACCAUAUUCUCAUCCACUAAAAUUGGUGAAUGGAUGGAUGUGCUUCAAUUAGGAGUUGAAAUAUAAAAAUAGAUCCUCCUUUUUAUUUUUAUCUUGGCCAUCAAAACUCUGUUUUUAACACGCGAUUGCAUUUAGAAUUGUUGCGCAAUGACUGGGCUUAUAAGAAGACGUUUCGCUGAUGGUGCAACCAGCUGUUGGAGCAACCAGCUGUUGGAGCAACCAGCGCUGAACAACGCUGUGUGUGUGUGAGAUAUAUAUAUAUAUAUCGAACUAACGAAUACACGUGCCAAUUUAAUUCCACUAAAUUAUGCAAAUUAACCUAUAGACCGAUAAGCAUGACCGGUCAAAUGUACACUGAACAAAAAAUAUAAACGCAACAUGUAAUGUGUUGGUCCCAUGUUUCAUGAGCUGAAAUAAAAAGCUUAUUUCAAAUUUGUUUACAUCCCUGUUAGUGAGCAUUUCUCCUUUGGCAAGAUAAUCCAUCCACCUGACAAGUGUGGCAUAUCAAGAAGCUGAUUAAACAGCAUGAUCAUUACACAGGUGCACCUUGUGCUGGGGACAAUAAAAGGCCACUCUAAAAUGUGCAGUUUUGUCACUCAACACAAUGCCACAGAUGUCUCAAGUUUUGAGGAAGCGUGCAAUUGGCAUGCUGACUGCAGGAAUGCCAGAUAAUUUAAUGUUAAUUUAUCUACCAUAAACCGCCUCCAAUGUCGUUUUUAGAGAAUUUGGCAGUACGUCCAACCGGCCUCACAACCGCAGACCACGUGUAUGGCGUCGUGUGGGCGAGCAGUUUGCUGAUGUCAACGUUGUGAACAGAGUGCACCAUGGUGGGGUUAUGGUAUGGGCAGGCAUGAGCUACGGACAAUGAACACAAUUGCAUUUUAUCGAUGGCAAUUUUAAUACACAGAGAUACCGUGACGAGAUCCUGAGGCCCAUUGUCGCGCCAUUCAUCCGCCGCCAUCUAAUGUUUCAGCAUGAUAAUGCACGGCCCCAUGUCGCAAGGAUCUGUACACAAUUCCUGGAAGCUGAACAUGCCCCAGUUCUUCCAUUGAGCAUGUUUGGUAUGCUCUGGAUCGACGUGUACGACAGCGUGUUCCAUUUCCUGCCACUAUCCAGCAACUUCGUACAGCUAUUGAAGAGGAGUGGGCCACAAUCAACAGCCUGAUCAACUCUAUGCAAAGGAGAUGUGUCGCGCUACAUGAGGCAAAUGGUCACACAAGAUACUGACUGGUUUUCUGAUCCACGUCCCUACUUUUUUUUUAAAGGUAUCUGUGACCAACAGACGCAUAUUUGUAUUCCCAGUCAUAUGAAAUCCAUAGAUUAGGGCCUAAUUUAUUUAUUUCAAUUGACUGAUUUCCUUAUAUGAACUGUAACUCAGUCAAAUCUUUGAAAUUGUUGCAUUUAGUUUUGUUCAGUAUAUUUUCGGCAGCUAACCGGUUAACCGUUGAUAUCCCUAGUUUAUGCCAUUGGCCACUAGUACUAUAGCUCCAGGUUAACCAUUGCCUAGGAAUAUAUAUAUAUAUAUAUAUAUAUAAUGGAGUGAUGUCAUGAACCUAUACAGCUCUAAUAUGUGCUGGGAUCCAUUUGACCAAUAGAAAAAGCCCACUGUUCUUUACUGACACAUUUUGAUUGGGUAAAACCAUUAGAGCAAUAAAAAAAACAAGAGCAGUCUAUAGCAACAUAGGAAUGCUUCAGGCUUGGGUGUGUCACUGUCAACUCGGAUUGUGUGUCCUUAGCUCAAGAAUGUUGACGCCCCCAGUGUCUUGACUUUGGCGGCGUUAUUAUGAAUGUAUUAUUAAAGGCAGUGUGUCCAGUCUGUCCAGUUCUCUCCAUACGCAGCAGCUGUUUAACCACCCGGUGUGUUGACUCUCAGCUGCCCUAACCACAGCUUGGCUCACUCUAUUCUUAGCAUGAUCACUCACUCCUUGGGUUCAGUUUUCCACUGAUUUGGGUUUUUCACUGAAGAGCCGUACGGUUUGUUUUUUAAAUGACUCUGCUUCUUGCGUGGUGUGGAGUGAUGCACUGACAUGGCACAGGGGUGGUGUGUGUGGGUGUCUGCGUGGGUGUGCAAGUCAUUGCUUUUAGUCAAACACAACAAGCUUUUAUCUAUCUGUGUCUGUGGCGAUGGGGGACACAUCUCCAGUGUUCGUCCUUCAUCUUCUGACAUUGUGUGUGUGUGUGUGUGUGUGUGUGUGUGAUGCAUCAUAUCCUAAUACUAUGUUUUGUGCAUCUCAAGGUCCAGUCCCAGUUGAGUCAGACCACAGAGGAGUUUGAACAGGUACGCGCAACAGCCAAUCGGAAGAAGGCAGAACUUGGACAUUGGCUAACAAAAAAAACUGCUUAGUUGGACAGUGACUUGUCUCUGUGACUUUAUCCGACUGACAUUUUUUGUAUUUUGUGUCUGACUUGAUCUUGGCCUCCCAGGCUCAGAAGACCGUUGUAGAACUCCAGGCCCAGCUGGACAUGCUGAAAGAGGCAGGAGACUCCCCACAGGCCGACACAGAGGACGUAACCCAGCUAAAGGUACGUGACCGUGGGCCACGUUCAGCAGAAUGUUGUGGAACUUUCAGAUAGAAAUAUGUUAUGUAGAACAAACCUGCCUCUCCUGACAUGUAGAAUUAAAAACAUCAUGCUAUUUCUAACGCUAACCCUGCAACGUUGGACAACGUUUACCUACUGAACAUGGACCAGGGCCCGUAUUCAUCAAUCAAUCAAUCAAUCAAAUGUAUUUAAAGCCCUUUUUACAUCAGCAGAUGUCACAAAGUGCUAUACAGAAACCCAGCCUAAAACCCCAAACAGCAAGCAAUGCAGAUGUAGAAGCACGGUGGCUAGGAAAAACUCCCUAGAAAGCGUUUUUUUUUUUUUUUUAGAGUAGUAGUGCUGAUCGAUGAUGUAAUGUCCAUUCAAUAAUCUAAAAGGAUAUACUGAUCCUAGAUGAGCAAGCUUUAUGAAUACAGGCCCAGGUCAGUGCUGAUGCUGUUGUGAGGUCAGAAGGCUGAGUGGAAACUAACCAAAGACCUGGGCCAAGCAGCCACCCAAACUCCAGCUGCUCCUUAAAGUGCACUUUACUCACGUACUCCUGAGUGGGCGCAGUGGUCUAAGGCACUGCAUCGAAGUGCUAACUGUGCCACUAGAGAUCCUGGUUCGAAUCCAGGCUCUGUCGCCGCCGGCCGCGACCGGGAGACUCAUGGGGCGGCGCACAAUUGGCCCAGCGUCGUCCAGGGUAGGGAAGGGAAUGGCCGGCAGGGAUGUAGCUCAGUUGAUAGAGCAUGGCGUUUGCAACGCCAGGGUUGUGGGUUCGAUUCCCACGGGGGGCCAGUAUAAAAAAAAAAAUGUAUUCACUAACUGUAAGUCGCUCUGGAUAAGAGCGUCUGCUAAAUGACUAAAAUGUAAAUGUAAAGUUCGCUCAGGAGCAGCUUGCCAGAGAGAGGGAUAACCACAACACUCUACAGGACCUCUCUGAUGAGGCCAAGGUGGCUAUUACAAUACAUUACUACUUUAUUACACCGAGGGUUGUGGGUUCAAUUCCCGCAGGGAUCACAUACAGAUACUAAAAUAAGCACUUGCUGUACUGAAAGUCACUCUUGAGUAAACUGCUUAGUGGAAUACCUUCGCCUGAAUGACUACAGUAAUACUGGUUUUGGUUUUACCGCCAUGACGGCAGUCAAAUUCCCAUGUGACGGUAAAUAGGCUUCUCCAAGCUCUGAUGCUGCUGAUGGUCAUUAGUAGCCUACCAAACUUGCUAACUUCCUGGUACUCAGCACUCUAUUGUCCCUCUAAUCACUCUGACAUCAAUGCAAAUGUUUUCGAACAUCUAAUCAAACACUUCAUGAGAGCCCAUGUUUACAUUACAUUUAGUCAUUUAGCAGACGCUCUUAUCCAGGCGACUUACAUGAGCAAUUAGGGUUAAGUGCCUUGCUUAAGGGCACAUCGACAGAUUUUCACCUAGUCGGUCGGGGAUUAGAACCAGCGACCUUUCGGUUACUGGCACAACGCUCUUACUCACUAAGCUACCUGCCGCCCGCCUGUCAUGUUGCGCAACAUUUCUAUAGGCUGUGCAAUUGCGUGAGAGAACAGAGUUUUGAUGGCCUCUAUUAAAAAGAGGAGGAUCCCAUCAGCUUUCUAGGCCUAUAUUUAUGUAUCAACUUUCCUAAUAUUAAAGCACAUUGCUUGACUUUACAACAGGAGUAUAGCCUACCUGUCUGGCAUGAAAAUGAACCACAGGAAUAGUGUCCUCCCUUCUCUAUUAGAAGGGAGGACACUAUUCCUUCUAAUAGUAGAUUACUUUUUUUUUUUUUUCUUUUUUUUUUUUCAUGUCCCUGUUCUGAGACAGGUACAUGAUAAUGGUCCAUUCUAAAUCAAAACUAAUUCCGCACAUAUAUUAUUUAGUAUAUGUAAAGACAACAUUAAAUCAAGAAUAGUCUGAUGGGUGGCUAUUAGCCUAUCACUUGUAUGAUGCCCAGCAUGUGCAGUAAGGCGAGAAACAGUGCAUGCCUUUUUUUUUUUUUUUUUUUUGGGGGGCGACUUUUUCAAAUCCAUAGUCUCACACCUCAUGUAGCCUAGCCCAUAGGCCUAUAUGUUUUGAUAAGGUUUGUAUCACAACUAAAGUGGCCAAAUAACUUCUUUAAAUGAAGCACCAUUAGUCCGCUUUACAAGGGGUGUAGAGCUUAACUGGCAUCCAUAGGUGGCGAAGGAGUUUCAAGUUUGGGGAAGAUCAUUUUCACCAUUAAAAUUGCAUCUUUAUGCAUGUAAUGCUUUAUUAUAAUCACAUUUGCGGUCACUUUUGAGGAGAGUGUUUUCCCGCUAGUUGAUUGCAUUUUGGAACAUUUGCACUUAAUGUUGUACACUACUGCCGUGUGCGCAUUGCUGCGCUUAUAAUGUGAAGAAAUAGCCUAAUAGUUUAUCAACAUUUUAAGCUAAAAGUUCUGAUCUGUUGCAUCAAUCUCAUUUCUUUUAAAAGGUUUUUUGAUGCAAGUGGUUGUGUUUAAUUUAGGAUCUAUCGCAUCCCACAACUGUCCCAGACUGUUUUGGAAUAUUAAUUGUAGCCUACUUCUUAGCCGUGAGAAGGAACCGAUCACGUGACGGGCAUUGGCUAAUAAGAAUUGAGAUAUCUGAGAGAGCCAUGUGAGUGAGAGGUGCUUCGGAGCACACAGCCAGGAGAAGGGAAUUAUAAUGAUUAUAUUCAGCCCAAGGGGCACAACGCCCACUUUGGCCGCAAAAGGCAUGGAUCUUUUUUAGGGGGCAUUACGGCCACACAAGUGGGAUGCCGCUGGGAAAUUCGAGGCCUGGUGAGGAUAUUAACAAGUGUGUGUGUGCAGUCUGUGUAAGAUGUCUUCAUGAGACUUUAUUCAAAUCAUCAUUAGAGUCGCAUCAUGCAGCCUUAGAAUGUAUUAAAAAUCAAAACAUAUAGCCCUACGUUUAUCGCAAGUAAAGUUUUAAUAAAUAACUCUAAAUUAAGCAUAUAGGAGGACCUGUUUCUUUGUUAACCGCUCAACACAGAAUAGCUGCAUGUGGCCACUCCCUCGGAAAUCAUCUUGAGAAAAUAUCCUUUCUAUAUUAUUCAGCUUUGUUCAGUUGUAUUCUUCAUAUUAUAAAAUAAUAUAAAAUAAUGCCACGGAAUUCUACGAAAAUCUUGGCAAAUAUGGCAUAGGCAUAUCUAUUCUGUUCUUCUGAAUUAUACAAAUUUUCUUCAUAUCAUGUUUCUUUAGACCUGUCUAAAAUAAAUAAUGGAUUUAUGGUAAUUGGUGUAGGCUAAAAUAAUUUAUUAGACAUUUUUAAAUGUAGAUGUUCCAAAGGUCUGCCAUCAGUGGGCUAUGCGUGGAAGCCAAGAGAUGCUAAAUGUGUUUAUGUUAAUUAACAGUCAAUUACCGUGAGAACGGCAGUUAUUUGCUUGACAAAUCACCGGCUGACAAUUUCAUGACCACCUAGUUAUGUCAUGUAUUUUAGUAAUGUCCAUCAAUGAUUGAUUGAUUGAUUUAAUGUAUUGGGUGUGGUUGUAAAUGUAAUGUAUUUCUGUUUCUGUCUUUCAGGAAGAGAGUACAGGGCUGAAGGAAGGAACAUCUGUUUAA